AUGACUUAUGAUCCGAAUACAUUUUCAAAUAUUAAUGAGGUUAAGACUACUCAUCUUGAGUUAAAUUUUAAUGUAGAUUUUGAGAGUAAAAUUAUUGAAGCAGUUGUCAGUCUUAAACUUAUUACACUUACCAAUGAUGUUAACGAGGUUAUACUUGAUACAAAUUAUUUAAACAUUAAAUCUGUUUCUUUUUCUGGAGUUCAAUUGAAAGUAUAUAAAAAAUUAUCUGCUAAUACUGAAUUCGAUUUAGUUAUUAAUUAUAACACUUUGGAACAAGGGAGUGCUGUCCAAUGGCUGGAACCAAUACAAACCUCUGGAAAGAAAUAUCCCUAUUUGUUUACUCAAUGCCAAGCUAUUCAUGCACGAACUCUUUUACCAUGCCAAGAUACACCAGCAUUUAAAUUUACUUAUAAUGCUACUGUUCAAGUUCCAAAACCUUUACGUGCUUUAAUGAGUGCUAUUGAAGUUUGUGAAGAAGUAACUUUAGAAUCUAAAACAAAUAUUUAUAAAUUUGAACAAACCGUUAAAAUUCCUUCAUAUUUGAUUGCUUUGGCCGUUGGUAAUUUGGUUGGAGAGAAAAUUGGUCCAAGAUCAACUGUAUGGUCUGAACCAGAAAUAGUUAAAGAAGCAGCAUGGGAAUUUGCUGAUACUGAACAAUUCCUAGGAAUUGGAGAAAAACUUCUUACUCCUUAUGAAUGGAAAAAAUAUGACCUUUUAGUUCUUCCAGCAUCGUUUCCCUAUGGAGGAAUGGAAAAUCCAUGUCUAACUUUUGUGACCCCAACAUUAUUAGCAGGUGAUAGAUCGCUUGUAGAUGUUGUAGCGCAUGAAAUUUCUCAUAGUUGGAUGGGAAAUCUUGUAACAACCAUGAAUUGGGAACAUUUUUGGCUUAACGAAGGCUGGACUGUAUUCAUUGAACGAAAGAUUAUGGGCCGUGUGCAUGGUGAUAAAAUAAUCGAUUUCGAUGCAAUUAUUGGGUGGAAAUCAUUAAAACAAGAUAUCGAGCAUUUUGGACCAGAUAAUGUUCUGACAGCAUUGAAUCCCAAAUUGAAAGAUGUUAAUCCUGAUGAUAGUUUUUCUUUGGUUCCAUAUGAAAAAGGCUUCAAUUUUCUUUAUCAUAUUCAAAAAGUCAUUGGUGGACCAGAUUAUUUUGAGCCUUAUAUGAAGGCUCAUGUUCAGGAAUUUGCUGGUAAAUCAAUUACUACAGAUGAUUGGAAAAACUUUUUAUAUUCUUUUCCUCCAGUCGAUAAUGAAUUUGACCAAACGCUUGCAAAAGCAUGUUAUGAUUUGGCCGAAAGGUGGCAUGAAGCUCGAAAUAAUGAGCUUUUUGAUGGGUUUUCACCUUCUGAUAUUGAAGGGUUUGCUACUGGACAAAAAAUCAUUUUUUUGGAACGUCUUUUUGAGUAUUCACCUCUACCACGUCCACCGAUUGAAGCGAUGAACAAAUUUUAUAGUUUCACGAAUGUACACAAUGCUGAAAUACGAUUUAGGUGGCAACAACUCUGUUUAAAAUCGGAAUAUGAACCCAUUUUCCCUCAUGUUGUCAAGUUUGUAACUGAACAGGGUAGAAUGAAAUUUAUCAGACCUUUGUAUAG